AUGGAGCCGGUCUUCAACAUUGUCACCCGCGAUGAGCUUCAAGAUGUGCAAGUGGAGCUGAAGCGCCUCCACCAUGUACAACAGCUGCAUGGGGAGCGAAUACGCAUGUUAGAGAAACGCCAGGCUGAUGACGCUGCCUUGAAGUCCGUCUGGAACUCGCCCUUCCCGAGUGUACUCGGCGGGACUCCGCAACAUGGACCGGUACACAUUCCGUCAACCGAGCUGUUUGGCGACCUCGACGAGCAGGGUGAUCACCUGCUCGGGACCCUGCGGCUCGAACCUGACGACGAGCCGAUACGAAGGGGCGCAGCAUCGCGGGCUAACAGCGUUCGGUUUGAUGAGAGUGCCCUGCAUGGUGCUAACUUUGGCCACGGCGGUCGUCACUCGGGUGAUUUUGGCCCCGGCCGGCCGUCUAGCGGCAUGGGUGGCCACCAGAUGAUGGAGCGCACGUAUUCGCACAAGUCGGACGGCAGACACAGCUCGGCAGGUCACUCGGUCCACUCGGUGCAUUCGGGCAUCUCUGGGCGCACCAGUAGUCUUGGUCUUGACACAAAUUUCAUGAUUGGCGGUCGCGAGGAUGAUUCACCACUGGAUGUCCCCGAGCCGCCUGCCGUUUACUACAUCUUAGGUUCGCCCCCGUCCAUCAUUCGGUGCUGGUUGACGACGAAUUGGACGUCCGAGGGGCUGUUGUAUGCCGUAGUGUGCACCGGAUCCCAGAAGUCGACGGUUGAAUACUCGCUGCUUAGAGAACUUGACCUGGUCAACCGAAUCCACAGGGAUGUGGACGGUAUUCACAGGAUCACGCUCCCUGUCUUUCUGGCCGAGGCCCGCGUCGUGCAGGCCAACUCUCGGUCGACAAGCCCUGCCCCGCAGCUUCCCAGCAUCACGGCUUCCUUCGAGGUGACUGGCAUGGAUCAACCCGAGGUGCCGCCCGAGGCUAAGAAGGGCAUCCGUGUCUGCAUCGGCAGCCAUACUCUCCGGAUGCACAGCGCUGACAUCCUGCUCUCCCAAAACCUCAUGACUCUGUACGGGAGCGAUCGCGAUAAGCUUUCGAUCCCAUUUGUACGGCCUGAAGAUGAUUCUGUUUUUAAGUACCUCACAACAACCCACGUGCUGCCGAGCAAGCCUAAGCUGAAUGCUGCCGCGCCGGAGUUUGUGACCAGUGAGAGGCUGGUGAAGGAGUUGGCAGCUCAGCCUGUUAGGGACCAGAGCGUAUCUGAAGCUAGGCCAGUUGAGAAUGGUAUCGGAGAAAAGGCUUCAUCGACGGCCGUAACUCCCCCGAGCCAGCCCUCCAAGCCUGUGGAAUCUUCCAAUACUACGUCUGAAAAUGGCGAGAAACAGCAGCAGCAGCAGCCCGCCGAGUCCAGCCAGCCAGAGCCUGUCCAACCUUCGAAAAAGGAAUCGUCCACCACGUCGACGACUACGACCAUGGAACCCGUCCGUCGCGAAACUACCGUAGCAGCAGCCAUCCGAACCCCUUGGCGUCAGACAGCCGCUGGCCUGGGUGAUGGUACGCCUUUGAGUGGCUACCAGCCCGCUGCUCGGCCCCGCAGCAUGAAGGUUCUUCGUCCCAACAAAUCCAGCAGCUCGUCGACAACUCGGACUGGAGCGGCCUAUGAGCCGGCGCCGCCCCCUCGGAAUGGCGUCGCCAACAGUAACGGCCCAAAUGACCAGCGUCGAAAGGGACAGGAAGGGGGUAACUCAGGCUCGGGUAACACCGUCACAUGGGGCCCCAAGAGGAGCGUGAGCACCUCUGCGGUGGGUAAUUUCGGCGGCAGCGGUGAGGUUGGCAAACAAGAGGGUUUGACGGCAGGAACGGUAGGGAUAAAGAUCCCUCCUGCGCCCAGAACGGCGAAUAACCCGCUAGGAAGUGCAACGGCCUUCUCGUGGAUAGCAACGCCGGCGCAGCCUAGCACAAAGGCGAAUGGGUCAGCUGCUGCCGCGGAGUGA